GAUGGCGGUAGAGGUCACUCGUUGAAUGCAGAUUGUCUUUAUCGAAAACAAUAGGGCUAGCCAGUAAAAUUUGAGUUGAGUAUGGGAAAACAUAAAGGGAAAGCUAAAGUGGCUCCGCCUCGACAUAAACUUAGUAAGAGUUCAAGGUUUGAAGCUGCUUGGAAUGGCACAGAAGACUUUGAUGGAGACGAGAUAAAUACACGCGGUAAAUGUUUAGCGUACCCUUUCCCCCCUAACAUCAGAAUGCAUAUUCUCCAUGCUGUUCUUUAUUCAUUUCCUAAGGUACUGGAAAAGGAAUUUGUUGAAUAGUCAAGAGCUCCUUUAGUCGGUGAUCAUUUCCCUUAUUCUCGUAACCUUACUGUGUACCUCAGGGGUGACAUCAUAGGAGAAAUUAGAUGCUUGUCGCUACGAGGGGUUAAAGAGACGAUGGUUCUCAUAGAUGCUUCUAUUGUUGAUUAUGUGGCAUAAACUACAGGAUACAGAUUCAGCGAGAUGCAUCUUGUCUGCUUGCUCUGAAGAGCAGGGAACAAGUUUUUGAAAUGAUUUUCAACAUGAUUCAAUGGGAUUUGGUAUUAAAGAGAUGAUGGUAAGAAAAAGGAUUAUGGCAGAGGAUUUCCUUUUCCUUUGGCCAUGUGGGAUUUGGAGCACUGUGAUCCAAAGAAGUGUUCAGGAAGAAAGCUUUCAAGACUUGGCUUUGUGAAAACACUUAAAAUUUCCCAAAGGUUCAAUGGUCUGAUUUUAAGUCCCUUGGGGAAGCAGUGUGUUUCACCUCAGGACCACACCCUUGUUAUGGAUCAUGGAAUAGCUGUUAUUGACUGCUCGUGGGCCAAAUUGGAGAGCACACCAUUUGGAAGGAUGAGAGGAGGUCACAUGCGCCUGUUACCAUAUUUAAUUGCUGCAAACCCUAUCAACUAUGGAAAGCCCUGUAAAUUGUCUUGUGUAGAAGCAUUUGCUGCCACGUUGUACAUCAUUGGGCAACGAGAUCUUGGUUCUACACUGUUGAAGCGUUUUAAGUGGGGGACGUCAUUCUAUACAUUGAAUAGGACUCUGCUAGACCGCUAUGCUACUUGUUCAUCCAGCAAAGAUGUUGUGAAAGCUCAGGAUAAAUGGCUGGAAGAAAUGGAUGAAGAACAAAAUGCUCAGUCAUCACAAGAUUUGAUGGACAUUGAUAUGACCAAGGAACAUUUUAACCCAAAUCGGCCCAUUUUGAGUGAAAAUGAGUCAAGUAACAGUAACAGCGACGAUGGUGAUGAUGUUGACGUUGACGAUGACGAUAUGGAUACGGAUGAUGCAACGGAUGAUGAUAUCGAGAAUGGACACGAAAGUGAUGAAGAUGAAAAGGCUGAACUGAAUUUUGGUAUUGUUAGAAAAGAAAACGGACAAGAAGAAACAGAAGAUCGACAAUUACUAGAAAGAGACGGAACUGAAGGUGCGUCGUGCGGUAUUAGUUCUGCUGAAGAUAAACAUUUCGGGGAUUGUUUUGGCAAGGGAAACUUGCCAGGAAAUGAUCACAGUGUCGACUCUCCCGUUGGCGAUGAUACGCUGGAAAUAACCAGAAGGACCGAACUUUUUCAUUUGAAUGAUAGAUAGUACCGGUUUUAAAUUUGCGAAGCUGGCAAUUCACGGACCAAUGGUGUCUUUAAUCCUGAAACUAAUAAAAUGUCUAAAAUAGAAGAGAUCAGUACAGAUGCAACAUGAGGCAUGAAUUAUUAAUGUAUGCACCAAAAAGUAGCGUACUACAAAAGUAUCCCGCGAUCUUGCUUUCA